AGUACAUACGUACUAAGGAAACGUAUGGCUUCCAAGUAUAAGUAUAGCAUUAGUAUAUUGUGCGCGAAGGUUAGGAGUAGUUAAGCGAUCAAACGUGGGUUAGGUGGAAAAUAACACCUCCUGUCACAAUGUACAUACAAUAAUGUUGUAGUGACAUUACGACGGUGAACGUGUAUACGAGUAGAUUUCAACAUCCGUGUGAUCCACUGCGGAAUACAUGGAUGUUGCGAACGGACAGAAGCCCAUCAGUGGGCAGCCUCCUGCCUCUGGUAGUUCAGGGGUGGACAAGGGAAAAGACUGGCAGAUGGAAUUGCUUAUGGAAAAAUUACGAUCCAAGGCUUCCACGUUCAAAUCCUUGGUGGAAACUGCCAAAAAUUUACGAAUGGCUAUGCUGGAUAAAAGGUUCGCGAUUGACAGUGCUGAGAAAAGUCAGCUGCAAAAAUGUUUGGAUACCCUGCAACAUUCCAUAAAAGUGACUUCUUUACAAUCCAUGGUGGAACGUCUGGAGAGUUUAACCAGACAAUUAGGCUUAAAGUUUAUGAUGUCUGGUCCACCAGGCACGGAAUUGUUUAUCUCCUCAGACAUGUUCUUUUUGGAGGUACUUCUGGAGCCGACUGGUGUAGUCAAGGAUGUUAAGAUCCAUCAUGAAGGGAAAAAUGAGCAGCAGAGCUGUGAUGUAUUGGUGUCUUGUUUAUCACGGGGAGACUUCCUGGAUUUUACAGUACAAUUAGAAGGUUUAACUUCGAUAUAUCAAUUGAAUGCAGAUAAGAAAGUGAAAUGUAAAGCUUUCAGCGCUUUACAGUCGCUGGAGGCGGAUCUGGGUAUCCUAGCUCAAUUGCAGACAUUUAUGAAGGAACCUUUCAAUCUCGUUCAUAAAAGCCCAGUUGGAAUCCUCGAGCGAAGGAGAGGCGGUCAUGCGAUGAAGCUGACGUACUUUGUUUCUCCGUACGAUUUAAUAGAUCAGGAGAAUCGUAGCUGUGAUGCAUUGAGUUCAGAAAUAGUUAUCAAGAGGAAGAUCGGUCAUUCUGUAACAGUUUGUAUGGAGGGUUCGACUGCUCACAAGUUGCCUACAUCUAGUAUCAUAACUGUAAAUAGAAGUACUACGGGAAAAAGUACCCCAUCUUAUGCUGCGUUAACUGGUACAAAUUCGUCGGCAUUACCCGCUUGUUUUGUAUUGAAGCUGGCUAAGAAAAUGCCAAUGUGCAUGGAACUAGUCCGUAGGAUACAGAAAGUAACAGAGCUGGAGUGUGCGAAUAUAUCUUCUCCUCAUCCGUUGCUUAGUCUGAUCGUUCAACACGCCAGCGACAGCCAACUGGACUGCCGGAACAACCGAGGACUUUACGUUACAUUACCGGAUCAACAGCAUUGUUACUUCAUGACAGAGAACAGGAGUAUGGAGGGUGUGUUAGUAUCCAGCAUUCCUUUCACUCAUCCGGCUCACGUUCCGCAGAUCCUGGUGUUCUUACGUCAACAAGCGUUGUUCAAUACUUUAAUCGCGAGUUGUGUUAGGCCGAUGGCCCGGCAAGACCCCGAGCACGCGACUAUAUUCGAAGUGAGCUCUCUAUCGUGGCAGCACAUAUCGGUGAGUUUGGAGCAUCCGUUCGAGGAGACGAUGGCGACGGCGGAAUUGGAUUUAACGGACAUUUCUGCGUUGAAAUGCAAAUUGUACGGAAUAAGUAUAACGAACACGGAGCAGACGUCAGACCUGACUGGGAAAGUUUUGCAAAAAUGCUUGAGUAUACCACUCACUAUGAGAAUCCUUAUGAAAUCAUGGGAGAGUCGCGACUCUCUGACCACGAUGAACAAUCUGAACAGCGGGAACGGGAGCUACAACGUGAAUCUCGGCUCCGGCAAGGAUCAGAAUAAUCAGAAUGGUUCUGGUAUGCCCGAUUUCACCAACGGCGAGGCGAAAAUCAAACAGGAACCUGGUUUGAAUAAUGGAAACGGGGCUAUGGGGAGGCAACAACAAUCGUCACAGCAGCAACAGCAGCAGUCUUUUUUAGAUGCCGGAACGGAGAAUAGUAUCGGUUUUCCGUCUUAUUCCGGCCAAUCCGAUACCACGACUACUGCGAUGUUGAAUCCACUGCAACUGGGUGCGUUGCUUGGGCAGGCGAAGAACUCGAUGUCUAAUCCGAUGAACGAACGUACGAAGAAAACGCGUAAGAGGAAGACCGCGGACGGUAUUUGGCGGAGUCCUAAGAGGAAAGCAGACGAAAACGCUGAAAUACUGUUGGAGAGUUCUAGUUCGGACUCGACGCCUUUAGGUACGCCGACCGGCGGUAGGGAGAAUUUAAACGAGACCCGAACGUCCACACCGACGUCGGCUACGAGCUUAACCAGCGGUUUGGAUUUUUCUAAUUUGGACCCUACGGAUAUUUUGGGUACGGACAAGAGCUCCGAUUACGACAUCGAUAACGAGAGUGAGAUAACGGAGGUGCACGAUCUACAAGACGUGGAGGAGUUGAUCAAACGCGAGCGUAAGUCGAGGAAGCGAGAGGAGAAAAAGAGUCCGAUUAUAUUCGAAGAGAACAAAACUCUGGUGCCGCCGUCAGUAAGUAUAACGCCAAUAUCCAGCAGUAGUUUGGGUCAGACUACGAACUAUAACUCCGUACUGACGGGAAUGGGUUUGGAAAGGAGGCCUGGCAUCGAGAUAAUACCGAUCGCGUCGUCGCCACAGACCACGUUGCCGAGUUCGAUCACGAUAACGCCGAUUGCCGGGCCGACGCAGUCGAAGGGUCUGACGGACGAUCGCAGAGAACGGAAAAGUUCGAAGGGAAAGUCGACGGAGGACAAGGGCAAGUUGGAAAAGAGGCGGAAACGUAAAAGGGAAGACAGUCCUAUGGGACCGCCGCCGGAUAAGAUACCGUCCAAGCAAGAUCCUCUAUCGAAACCCGUUUCAGUGAGCAUAAAACCGACAGAGUCGCCACCGAAUUUGAGCUCGCGGCCAUCGUCACCAGCGACAACGUUACGAAAAUUCAGUCCGUCUCCUACGCACCCGCUCGCUCUCGUAGGUAAGUCCAGCCCCACGUUGAAACAGUCGACGAACAAGCCGGUGCAAAGUCCGAAGCAUUCUCCAGUGUACAGCAGUAGCCCGAAGCAUACGCCAGUACCUGCCAGUGUGAGUCCGAAGCACGGGACGUCGUCGCCGAAGCACGGUAGUUCCGCGAGCACCGGCAAACCGAGUAUGUCCGCGUUGAAAUCCGCGGCGAAUUCUCCUUCCAGUAAAACCGCCGACUCCGGACAAUCCAAAAUGAAGUCUUCUUCCUCAUCGUCGAGCAAAGAUUCCAAUCGAGAGAAAGAGAAGAAAACAUCGUCCUUAGCGUUCGGUGGAUCGAGCGGUCAUCAAAGCCCGAAGACCAAAUCUUCCAGUGGUAAGUUGAAGCAGCUGGAAUUGAUACCUAGCGGAGAGACGCAGACUGCAGUUACUAGUAGCGGCGGUAGCACGCCGCCGUCGGGCAAUUCGGAGCUGGGCAAAUCCGCCAUUGCGCAGCAGCAAGCGAAGAACAGGAAAAGUUCUUUAAGCGCAGUUAUCGAUAAAUUGAAGAACGCCCAGCACUGCACGGACGAUGGUGGCAAUGGCGGAGCCAAAUCGACAUCCGGCGGAAGCGGCAAUUCCACCGGACAGAAGGAAAGAAACGUCGGAAGUUCAUCGAACAAAAUUGUGGAGGGGAAGUGUAUCAGCAAAAAUUCGUCUAUGGACACAAAGAACCCAGCGGAGUACAUCUUGAAACACAGUUCCGAUGGAAUGAAGAUAACGAUUAACAAAACUCGCACAAAGGACUCUAAGUCCGGAACCAAUAUCAAACUGUCUUCAUCCUCGACGAACGUCGCUACUGGAACUUCUACGAGUUCGUCCACGUCGUCCGGGUCCAUGUCGGGAAAUGGUUCGCCGAAAACGCACACCGGUUUGAAGCCAGGUGUAAGUUCUGGCCCUGCGUCGAAGAAACCUGCAUCUCAAACGUCCCCGAAAUUGUCCGGCUCUUCUUCCGGAUCUGGCAGUGGCAGCACGAACAAAACGACUUUGCUUGGACAGAAAAUGUUGCCUACAUUGAAGUCCACCUCAGGAUCGAAUUCUGGAAGUGGUAACGGCGCGGGAGCGAUCAAUGUCGCCAGCGGCGGCAGCAGUGGUAUGCUUUCCAAGGGUAUCAUGUCUUCUAAAUCCUCCUCGAGUUCGCCGAAGACGACGAGUUCUGGUGUUACGGAUCUCAGUCGGAAUCGCGACAAAUCGCGAUUAUCGAAGUCCAGCGAGAAAAGCAUAUUUCCCUCGAAAGGAAUCGGAGAUACCAGAAAAUCGAGUCCAUCAGGAUUGCGUGAGGAGAGCGAGAGCGAGAGAGCUUUCAAACUCUUGGCCGCUCACGCUUCCAUGUCGAACUUAUCGAAUUUGCCUAAUUUAUCGUCCCAACUGGUCGUCGAAGGUUUCAUGAAGCAGUUAGACACGAAAUUUCAGAUACCCAAAUUAUCCGCCAGAGCCAAUGCCGAUUCUAGCGAGAAGAAGUCCGAUAAACUGUCGAUGAUGCCUGACAGUGGCAAAGUGUUGGACAAUCUCGGGUCAAAACAGACGACGGAACCAACGGGAAAAUUGCAGACGAAUACAUCGACGGCCGUUUCCAAGCCGACGUUGGACGACCAGACGAAUCAGGGUAGACGGGAUCACGUACAAACGAAACCUGACAAUCUGUCUAUGUCGGGCGCAGCCUCCGUAAUAAAUCUCGGCACUGACAGUGCUAGCAAUCUCCUUCUUCCGGCUUUAUCGAGUAGUAGUUCGCACGAUAUGGAUAUUCCUACGAAUCUCUCGAUGCAAUCGACCGAGAACGAAUCCCGCGACAAGGAACCGCCAAUGAAUAGGAGUAAUACGCAAUUUCUAAGUAGCAGUUUAAAUUCCACUGCCACUAGUAAGGACGAUUCCAGCGGCAGCGGACCAGGAAUGACUGUUCUUCCAAAAGGAUCCGAUGUUCAGACUACCACCAAGCCUUGCGUAUACCCUACAAUGAUAACGACCGGCACCAUAACCAGCGGAAACGGUAUGACCACCGCAAGUUCCGGUAACGGAUCCUCGGAGAGCUUGAACCUCAGUAUCAAGCCUGUGGACGCUGCGAUGACAAAGUACAAAUCCGAUGAGAAAAAGCAACAACAACAGCAGUCGCAGCAGCAGCAGCAACAACAAUCGCAGCCAUUGCAGCAACAGCAGCAGCAAUCCCAGCAGCAAGCGUUGCAGUCGCAACAACAGUCUCAACAACAACCGCAAGUUUCGUCUUCUGGAGGAGCGUCCGUUUCCUCAUCCAUGGGAACGUCGGCAUCCUCGGAUGUACCGCCCGGAGCGAUAAAAGCGCCCGGUACGGAAAUAAUGUCGACUGCGUCCCAAGAGGCUGCCGAGAUGCUGCUGGACUUCUCCACGCCGAAGGACGUAGCCAAGAGCUUGAACUUUACCAGUAUACCAGAGAGGGCGAUGACUCAGGCAGCGUCGGUACGCAGGAACACGCCACCGCCGCCGCCACCGGCUUUCCCGGCGAGUCCCUCCGUCAGCGUACACAUCGUGAAGAGUCCUGCACCCUCGCCGAGAGUGAUCCCGCCCUCCCCGCAUUCCGCUUCACCGUGCAUCACCGACGACGAGUUAAUGGACGAGGCGCUGGUCGGGAUGGGUAAAUGAAGAUUACUAAAACUCUAGAUUCAAUUUUAUUCGCGAUGGGUACAAUGUUGUUCCGAGAUGCUGGCACACGGAGUUCGAUUACUUACUGCUGCUGCCUCGGUCCGCUGGAGCUUUUAUCGCGGUGCACAGCCUUGAAAGGCCAUCCAGUUUAUUAGCAGUCCUCGAGUUGAGAUGAAUCAUUUCUCAGACGAUUGUUGCGGGUUUUUAUUCAAUUUUCUUCUCUUACUUCGCUAUAGUCAAUCGUGGAGAAAGGAUUGAGGGAAACGCGAAUAUAAAACGGUGUGUAUUUUAAGAUUCUUAAAGAAUAUACGUUUUUUUAUUCGUGUUUCUCUCGAUCCAUCCCAAAGUUCUCCCUAGCUAUUGACCGAAACGACAGCGAAGGAAGAAAAGUGAAUAAUCGAUGAAGAUUCGAAGGGAUAAGACUGCUCAGACUCAAUAACAAGCAGUGGUAUCACGCGGAAGUAUAAAACUCGUGCACAACGGAGAAAUCGAGGCCAGCAAUAAAAUUAUUGCUUGUAUAUUUCUAACGAGAAAAAUAAAUGAGUGUGAAAGAGUGAGAUAAUAAGUAAGUGUUCGAUGUGCGAGGAAUAAUAUAAGCUAUUACAUAACGAGUUAUUUUCGAUAGAAAUCCACGUUGGACAAUAUUUAUAAGGACACCGUGGCACGGGUUUGCGGUAUUAAAUAGGCUGUUUGCCAUCUCUA